GGAGUGAGGAGGCUACAAAAUUAGCAAGUGGAAGCAAAAUUAGCAAAAUUUGAAAAUGGCGCCGGUUUACUGAUGUCUAAAUAGUGUUUACAAAUUAUUGAAUAUAUUGAACUAUUGAAGAUUAUCCGAUUGUAGUAUAUUUUGGACAGAUCGUAAUUUCACUCGCGUCACAGCUCGCCUUCUAUUUGUGUAUUGCGAUGGCCGGCUGGCUGGAAAACUCAUUUGGCGAUCUUGCCAGUCAGGAUUAUAUGAAACUGGGAAGGUACAGUAUUUAAAACAUUUGUGGUCAUAUUUUUUUAUAGAUUAGUCUAAAUAUGAAUAUUUUUGGAUACAAAAACAGUAUUACCAUAGUAUAUAAAUAAUCAAAACAUCACAAUCCCCACCCCACUGACCCCAGGCACAGGAAAAUCACUUAGGGGCCAAAUAACGUCGAAUCGAAAAUAACGUCGAAUCGACGUUAUACUUCACCCACCCCAGAUAACGUUGAUUGAUAUUCAGUCGUAUAACUUUCGUAUUUAUAAUACAAAAGCUGUACUGUACGUGGUAGUCAGCCUAGACCUAUGCACUUGUCAAUGUUUAGCCCCAGGGGAGGGGGGCCGGGCAUACCCGGGGGAUUUGACAUUUUGCCCAAUUCUCGUGUCAAUUUCCCCGCCAUGGGGACAAUCUCUUGUGUCAAAUGCCCCUCACCUAGGAGGAAAAUAUUUGCAAUGAUUAGCUAGAUAAAUCAAUACUUCAUUGCAUACAAAAUCCAUAUAAAUAUCAAUAUUAUUUAUUACUAGAAGUUACUAUCGCAAGGAAAAUGCUGCCUCACCCCCAAGGGAUCAAAGGCAGCAUGCACAAUUCGCUGAAUAAGGGCUGUUUAUAUGAUCCCGCUUUGCCAGGACGAGAUAUGAGGCAAGAUGAUUUUGAUCAGGGAUGCCGGAAGUUGCUGAGGGCAAGGGGUGCAAUUGGUUAACAUGAGGGCAUACGCCUUAAUAAAAGGCACCAAUGAAAAUGAAAGGGCGUCAUGAUCCUACAUUCGUGUCAACCUCCCUCCCCGUCACCAAAUGUUUUCGGACCGAAUACAAUUAUUUAGGCACAAUUCCUCCGUAAUUUCUCGCCAAAAAUUCCAUAAGUAAUGCUUUCUGUUUCACCUUUCGCCAAAUGGAUAACAAUUUUGCCGAAUUCCUGACAACUGGGGGGUGGAACACCCCCACACACAUCCUCGAACGAUGUUUAAUUCUGUCUGUUGUAAAAGUUUUGUGCACCUGUUACACCCAUAGUCUGCACCCGCACUGCACCCACAAAGUUGAAAAUGCAAAAGGCAAGGGGUGCACUUGCACCCGUGGUUCCGGCAUCCCUGAUUUUGAUGUACUUAAAUACGUCACAGUGCAUGAUUCAGCAAAAAACUACACUAUUUUCUAGAGAUAGACUAUAGUUAACUGUAAACGAAAGGUUGCCUAUUCAAGCAUAGUAUAAUCUUCUUGAACCACAAGAUCUUCUUUACAACAUUUGAGUUCUGCUAACCAGCAUUUGAACUUUCACUAUUUAGCCUAGUGACUAAUAUUUCAAUACAUCAAAAUCAUUGUUCCUUCCAUCAUGCAAACAGCCUCUAAGACGCCUGUUCAGGAGAUAGGAAAAAGGCAAAUUGAAUAUCAAACAUCUUGCACAAAGUCGAAGGGUGGCUAAAAGUAGUCUAAUUCUACUUUCUUGGCAUGGGCGGUUUUAUAUGAAUAUCUUCAAUGCUUAUAACUUCUUGCUUUUGUAUAAUUAUAAUACUGUCAGUGGUGAAGUUAGCCAUAGCAACAGCUAGGUCAUGCUAUGCAAGUUUUUAAUGAUUUGCAUUAUUCAAAAUUAUAGAUGCAGGUUUAUCAGCAUAGCAUGGCCAGUUGCCAUGGCUAGCUUGCCACUGAAUACUGUACAAUGUUUAUAUGAAAAUACUCAGUCAGGUUUUGUUCCAAUUAUUGUUUUAAUGCCACCUUCAAGGCUGCCCAUAGUACAGAACAACCGAACAUUAUGCUGAUGGGGAGACAAGAUCUAUUUGUUGACAUUUCUAAUUGUGAGCAUUAUCGAAAAAUAUAAAUACACUCUGAAAUGUAGUGACACAGCCAGGUGAAUAUAUGAAUGUAGGCCGGUAGGAUUAUUUCAUAUAAUGUAUAUAUAAACAGACAGUCAUAUCUUUACAAAAGUCAGUUGACAUACUAUUACAUGUAAUUGCUGGUAAGUCAAUAUUUAAAGUGCAGACAACAAUCCACACUGGAUUGCUCUAGGAAUCUUAUUACAGUAAGCCUGAUUUAACAACAUUCCGCGUUUGUUGUUAAACUAUAAACAUCUAGAAGUGAACACAAUACUCAUCGUCUUGGCACAUAUAAACAAACAAAUAAACUGAGUGCAUUGUGACUCCUUGUAUAAAUAUAAAGGCAUUAUUGACGAAUAGAUCAGGCGGGCUAUUAUUAAAACUGCCGGUACAUUCAUGAAUCAUAUUACUUCAGAGCUCUUUAUAAGUACAUUUCGUCUCCUUGAAUAUGACAUAAAAUUAUCAAAUGUUCUAUAAACGACCAGGUCACCAUGCGGACAAUGCCAAUGGGAAUUAUUUCGGGCUAUAAGAAGUCUAAGAAGCGCCGUAAACUCAUAAAAGCACAUUGCUUGCCUCCAGAAUGAACGCUAAACAGUUUAUCGCCUUGAUGGAUAUUAGCACAAAGAAAUAAAGCCAUACUUACCUGGUUUCUUCGGGAAAUGUUCGUAUAUUUUGCAGAUCCAGAAUAAAAAGUUUGCAUAUAUGUGCACGCAAUUUAACAUUUUUCUCGCACUCCCCCCGUCCGUUCCCCCCCGGAAUUACGACAUCUUAACGGACAGACACAAAUCGAAAUCUCGACAAUACAUAGAUCGGCGCGAAAGACUGGGUUGAGUGAACUCUGGAGAAACCUUCAUGUCAAGAUUAGGAGUGCUGCCUUUGGCAGCAAAUAUUCAUAAGCAUGCGGUAUGGAAAUAUCUGACAGUAGACAGAAGCAAAUCACUCACCUCCAAUAACAAAUUCAUUGUAUCCACUCGCAUUCUUGUACCCAGAGCCCUUCUUACGCGCGGUGCGACAAGGGUGCCAAAUCCAUAACCAAAACAUGGUAAUAGAAUAUAUCCGGUAUUAGAACAAUAACCUUCGUUGUGGCCAAUCAGAUGCCAGUUUGAUAUGGAUUUGGCCAGAGCCCCUCGUCGAAGCAUAAGAAGGGCUCUGGGUACAAGAAUGUAUCCACUCGCUGCUACUGCUUUUCAGGCUUUGAACAAGGGCAUUUUGCCGAUUUUUUUUAAUAAAACAUAUUUUAAUAUAUGAACAACAAUGUGAUAUUCAAUGCAAGCAUGAAGUCCACGCUAUGCAAAAUGACGACCGAGUGUAGUCCUGGGGACAAGGAUGAGGAAAAACUUGUGCCCAGACUAUUGUGUGACCAUGUCAAAUUCCAGCACCCUGGAACUUGAAAAAAUGUCAAAUUUCUUAUUUUCCCCACCCUCAGGAAGGCAAACUAAGUCAAAUUCCCCGGGUAUGCCCCCCCCAGGGCUAAACAUUGAUAAGUGCACCAGGCCUUCUAUUUUUAAAUAUUCAGUGCUUUUUCACAUGACAAGACUGGGUGCUAGCCUGAAAUUGACCAAACCUGCCAAAGAUACCUGCCAAAGCCAGCCUGGUAAGGGUCUAGGCUGUGUGGUAGUUUGGACAUUAAUUACGUCAAAUUGCCAUGAGAUAAAGUCGACAAGUUCACAUAAAAACCCACUCAUAACGUCGAUUCGAUGUUAUUUGUGGCAACAUGAAUAUGGACAUGGCCCCUUACAGAAGUCCAACUAGUGAGUAGUGAUGGUUGAUACUGAGUACUUGGUAAUCGAUACCACAUCCAGCGGUAUCGAUUACUGACCUGGUAUCAUUUGAUACUUGCACCCCCUUUUUUAGCACGAUUUUAAUUUUUCUUAGAAUUUUUUUGUCAAACAAAAGACUAAAAAACUAUUAAUUAAAAUAACUUCAUCAAAAUAGUGUGCCAUUAAGUCAGAUACAAAAAAUAUUGACUUGCUGUUGGUUUACUUAUUUAUUUAAUACUCUUACAACUUUAUUGGAUUAUAUAAAGUGGGAUUACAUUAGUUCAUUGGAAAACAUAUUUUUUCCACUGACCAGUUAAAAACAGUAAAUUCCCAUUGAAAGUGACCGAUACUCUAGCAAUAUGAGUGCACUAAUCAUUUCCGGUGUUGAAAAUAGAAAUUUUGUGUAAACUUAUUUUGGUACCUUAUUUUGGUACCGUAUCAAAAUAGACGAGCAUAUUUUGAUGACAGAUCAUUGCAAAUCAUGGUGUGGUUGCAGUUACGCUUUUUUGGCUGUGUCAGACAUCUGUAAGUGUCUAUUCUGUGUUCUGGGCAUAUUGCAUCCCUAGGAAUUUGAGCUUUUGUAAAUUUAACUGACCAAAUUCGCCAUCGAUCCCUGGGCAAAAGUAGUAAUAUUUAUACCAUACUGCACCCCUGGGAAUUUGGACUUUUCAAAAUUUAACUGUCCAAAUUCCCUAUCCCCUGGGCAAGAGAUUUCAAAUUCCCCACUUUUAAUUAAUGAAAUAUAUAACAAAUCCACAAGCUCAUCCCAUCAUUGGACAUUAUAUGACAUUUUCAAUACAAAAAUAAAAAGACUAGUGUGAAAGUGCUGAAAAUACACAUUUUACAGUACUGACUACUUAUUAAAUAAUUUUUUGAACAAUUUAUUAACACAUAAAGGCAAGUCAGAGCACUUGCCAGGGGUGGGAAAAAAAAUUAUUUUCUGGGACCGCAACGAAAAGUGGGAAAAUUUUCUGUGAGUUGUCGACGCAAAUCCUGUAUAAUUUAAAUUAAUUAAAGGGUCACUUGCAAAGAGGGCUAAUAAGAUUUAAGAAUUAUUAAAUAACCAUUAAGUACCAUAUAAAAGCUGUGACAGUCCUAGAAGAUUUUCUUUCCUAAUGCAACUGAGGAAAGGAAUAAAGGAUUUAAUUGAAAUAAACAAGUGAGGAAAGACUGUGAAUUUGUGUUCUUUCCAAAGUGGUUUUGAAUUGUAUUAAUAUUUGCAUCAUAAUUAAUAGUCUGAAAACAAACAUGUUUGGGAAGUUGGACAAAAGGUAAUGAUGUAAGUUCUAUGUUCUUGUUAACCUUUAUGUCCUUUAUGGAAAUUUAUGCAAUUUCACAGUGAGUGAACCUUUUGUUCUGUAUAAUGAAGCAAUUGCUCAAUGGAAAUCUCAGACUUCAACCGUAAGAUUUUCAUAUUGAUAAACAAAUUGUGUACUGUCAGGUACAUUUCAAGUUUUCAACAUCAAUUGAAGUUUGGUUAGGAAAUUACUUGAAGUUUACCAAUCUUCCUAGCAAUAUGUGUAUUUUCGAUUAACUAUGAUUGCAUUUAGUUGUGCUUCAUAUAAUAUAAUCACUGGCAGACACUUUGGGUGCCAGGGGGGAAAUAAAUGUCCAUCUUUUGUUUAUUCCGUGAGAAGACCGAGUAUGCAAGAUCUGCCAGUCAGGACAAGUUUAAACAGAACAUCACUUCCUAACUCCUUGUGAAUUCUUAUGGGCUUAAAAGCCCAUAGUAGUCUUCACGAAAACUUUUUAAAUUACUUGGAAUGUGAUCCCACCAAUGAAGCAGAUCUAAAUGAACACUGAGUUUACCAGUUGAGAUAAUGAAAUCAACUGGUAAUGAAACCGUGAUAAAAUUAUCAAAAUUCAUCUCUUUAUGUUUUGAGAAGAGAUCUAAAUGCCUUGAAGCCAUGAAUGCUGACAGUGAAUAGGCUGUUUAACUAAAACCCAAACUUCAAUUAUAUACUGUAAAUAGGGUACUUGUAUGUAAACUAAAGUCUUCCUUUAUACCAAUAACUUCAUUUUCUAUUCCUGGUAUUACUCGAUACUGAUCAUGACAGUAUGUCAUAUUACCACAAAACAUUUUGCAUUUGUAAAUAUUUAUACCAACUACUAAGCAAUACUUGUAUGUAAAGUCAUGCUAAUAUAGUCAUUUUUACUGUUGCUAUUACUAUUACUACUUCCUAUAGAAAUAAAAAUUAAAGAGGGAGGGGAACGAUAUUUUGGAACCAGGGCAGUGGUACAAUACAAAGCCAACAAAGGGGGUAGAACUUGCAAAUGAGGCUACAUUCCGCUAUCAAAGUUCUUCGUAAAUUAUUUUGGGGGCACCCCCUACACCUAGUGUCUGUCCCUAAACAAAAUGGCUACUUAUUGGUGCAGUUACUCUCUCUUUCUAUUCUUUUUCUUUCCUUUUCCUUCUUUUCUUUCUUUCCUUUUCCCUCUUUUCUUUCUUUCCCCCUUUUUCUUCCUUCCCUUUUUUCUUUCUGCCAGCAUAAAAAAUUUUCUGGGACCAAUGGUCCCGUGGUCCGCUAUAUUUUCCACCCCUGGCACUUGCACUCAAUGGGUUAACGAAACAUAAGAAUUUGCCAAAUAAUGUAUAAUAUCAAGUUCAUAGGCGUACCGGGCGGGGGGGGGCACCCCCCCCGUUUUUUGGGCAGUCGGGCAAUAUUCGUUUAUUAUAAAAAUAAAUGGACAAAUUCUGUAAAUUUUGUGGUCAAUUUUGUGAUGUUUCGAAAAUUUUAGUUAGGUUCCGAAAAAUUUUGGUAUGUUGGGAAAAAUUUUUUGACGCCUAAAAUGGUACACUGACCAUUCGAAAAUCGCGAAUAUUUACUAUUACUGAAUUCGAAAAUCGCGAUAUUUACUAUGAAAUGUAUUGUAAUUUUUGUUUUGGGGACGCGCGUCCCAAAAACAAUCUUUUAAUGUUUUGGGGACGCGCGUCCCAAAAUCAAUCUAAGGGUAUUCAUGUAAACGUCUUCAAACUUUGUAUAUAUACUUACUAAUUUUGAGGUGGUCUUUUUAGCUAUUUGGUUCAUUUCUUAAUUUGGGCACUUUUUAACACUCGUCCACAGUCCUCUCAUCAACUUCGGAAUGGCUAAUCACAUAAUGAAUUGUAAGCUUUCUUUUGUAACAAUAUAAUAAUUAAUUAAAACGCUCAAGUCAUUAAUAUAAUAAUAAUUAUUAUAUGCCUUUUCAAAAUUCUCUAUUCUGAUUGAUUGACAAGCGGUCAGUAAAAAGCCAUAUCCGGACCGUGGUCCGUAUUUUCCGUAUCUGGACCGGUGUCCCGGAUGUCGUUUAUCUGGCAGGAUAUUUUUGCUUUGCAAAGAGAAAAAAUUUUUGCUUUUUAAUUUUCCAAUUGUGUGUCAUUAAAAUUUACAGAUAAAAAUUUCAAACAACCAAAUUGUUUUUGAUUGAGCAUGCAUGCCUACCGUAUAUUGUUACCCAGUGAAACUGACGAUAGCCGAUUUAAUUCGCGCGAAAAGCAUAUGCUCACAGAUUCAGUUCAGCCAUAUAAUAAACCGAUUAUUGACCUCGCUUGUUCGGUCUGUACUGUGAAAUAUCAGACCUCUGUUUUUCGGAUGGACCUCGCUCCUUCGUCGCUCGUUCCAUACUAAAAAACCUCGGUCUGAUAUUUCACAGUACAGACCGAACAAACGAGGUCAAUAAGCCGUUAUUAUCUAGAACACUUUUUGGAAAAUCAUGUAAACUACAGUAUAUAAUACAGUGUGUAUAAAAAAAGGUAAUCGAACUUCAGCGCGCUAUUGUAUGUGAAUUACUCGGCGUAUGAACAAUAUUUUUCAAAUUUGGAAAGAUCAGGCUUUUAGCUAUUGAAUGACAUGUUUUUCAUGCCGAGUGGAGAAAAAAUAAGCAAGUACGAGUAAAAAAUGUUAGUCAGAAUCGCAUAUUUUCACCUCUGCCUAGUAAUUAAAGCAUUGCAUAAGCAUAAGUUAUAACAAACGAAAAAGCAAUUAAUCACAGCUUAGCUAAGAUUUAUUCCUACUUGAUAAUAAUUAUGAAUAUGUGUGUAGUUUAAUGACGUGAAAUUCAUCAACUUAAGUCCUAGAGGGGGUUAAUUUUCAAUGGUUUUAGACCCAACUCUCAACGGUGAAAAUGUGCGAUUCUGACUAACAUUUUUUAUCGGAUUCGUAUUUGCUCAUUAGUCAUCUAUUUCGCAUGAAGAACAUAUCAUUCAACAGCUAAAAGCCUGAUAUUCCGAAUAUGAAAAAAUCUCGGAUUUUUAAAACCUGAUAAAACAACACUGCAUAUCAUACUUGCCUAAAACUCCAAUAUUUACUAAAUAUAAACAUGAUAUUGUGGGGCUGGGGGGCGGGGUGUACAGCCUUGCAUAGUGGGAUUAAUGGACAUUCUCCAAGGGCAAAUUGAUAGAAGUUUGGUUAAAUUUGGAUGGAAAUUGGAUGAGAAAUUAGCAAAAGUUUGAAAACGUAAUAAUUAAUGGCCAUUUGCUUAAAUGUCAGAGCAAAAGGAAUUAAUGUAAAGUUCUCAUUAUCCUGUAUAUAUAAUGUACAGACAGUACAGUACAACAUUUGCAAACAUUCAUGUAACCUUAAAACUAACAUGAGAAUGAUGAAGUACUGCGAGAAAUGGUCUCAUAUAGAACCUAGAAUUACCUUAAUGCAAAAUUUCCGAAUUCUGAUCAAAAUCACAUUGGGAUUUUCUCCCCCAACAUCACGCACAGAGGGGAAAUAAGGUGACACGGACCCAUCCUCCAGUUUUCCAAGGUGACUUUUCCAUUUUAUUCAGUUUAGAGGAGAAAUAUCUGGUAAAAAAUCAUGUCUUUGAUGCACUUUAAUUUAUAAUCUUUGGAACUCUGCAAAAUCUCACCCCAAAGAUGCUCGAAAUCGCAUUUCAGGGACUCUAGAUCUUAGCAACUGCCCCCGGAACCUAUAUAGCCACUCUCACGCCUUCGUCGUUCGAUUCAACGCUAUACUGAUAGGAAUAGUCACGCGAAACGCAUAAGUUGGAAUCACAAAUGUGAUGUUAUUAACAUCUGGCGAUAGCACUGCAGAAGGGGGAGAAAGGAGUUCAUGUGAGGGGUGAAUUUCCUGCGACACCGGACUGAUAAUUUAAAACAUUAAUUUUUAAAUGCUUUUGAAUGGAGUCCAGGCGAUUUUAUGGCGAGUACACUGCUAAUUCUGUUCACAUGAAGACAGAGAUUGGUAUAAUUAGGAAAAUGUAAUGUACUGAAAACAAAAUGGCUCAAUCAACUCAUAUUAAAGAGUGUUACUAGUGUUUAGUAUGAGUUCUUUACAUUUCAUUAGGCUAACAUAGCACCACGUUUAGUUAAUGUAAUCUAGUAAUUAAAAAUAAACACAUAGUUAUCGAACUUAAUUCUUUUCAGGUCAGACCCAUGUAACGGGCAUCAAUUACAGCCAACUGCUAUGUCAACUGAUGAUGAUGUUAUGAUCACGCGUGUGUCUAAUACCAACCAAGCUGCAGCGGACAUGCAAGUUGAAAAUACAAAUGAGGGAACAACCAACAUAUCUGCGCAAAAUAAACCACAACACUCUCAAACAUUAUGCCAAGAUCAAUCAAAAGAAAUAAACAAAACAAAUGACCAUUCAACAAAACAAACAGAUAGAACAACAACCAAUAGCGAAGAUGCCACUAAACCCCUCACAACUUGUCUACCAAACGAGAGUCGAGCAUUAAAUGAAGGUACCCAACAUCAAGCAGCCUCAUAUUCUGAAGUGCAAAGGAAACCUGGACCAAGAAAGUUCAGUAAAAAACUGUUUCAAACGCCCAGGAAUUGGGAAAUGCAAAAAAAUCGUAAAUUAGGUACUCUUACGAGGAAAGAUUCUUGUGUCAGCGUGUUUGCCGUUGUGAGUUAUUUCUGUCCGCCGAAACAGUCGGGAGGCACUGACAUGUAUUUCCCCUUCGGACUUGUUGACCAGACAUUGUACAAAAACAAUAAGUGCUUAAAAUGUAUAUGUUUCCAGAAGUUUGAGCAGGACAUCCCAUUGAUUAUGAAUGUUGGUGAUAUUAUCAAAUUUCCAUUAAGAAUAUCGAAAUACAAGGACACUCUUCAAGGUCGCACAUUAGAUGAUCAAUUUCCUUGGUAAGGAGCAUUAUGUUUUUUUCUUAACAUUUUAUAUAUAUAUAUAUAUAUAUAUAUAUAUAUAUAUAUAUAUAUAUAUAUAUAUAUAUAUAUAUAUAUAUAUAUAUAUAUAUAUAUAUAUAGAGAGUUAAGAGAGACUUCUUAAUUUAAAAACAUUUAAUCGCUACUCCGAGUUUCAUGCUUCUGCUGAAGCAAUCGUCAGGCGAAUGCCGAUCGAAGAUGUUACAUGUGGAGUAGCGAUUAAAUGUUUUUAAAUUAAGAAGUCUCUCUUAACUCUACAUAGCUCUAGUAUACCUAUUGAGCGCUUUCAAUACACGUUGAUGAGGUCUACACACCACAAUAUAAUAUAUAUAUAUAUAUAUAUAUAUAUAUAUAUAUAUAUAUAUAUAUAUAGCUUAUAAGAUUUUGGUUUACGAAACACAAACAGUGCUCAAUACCAUAUAUAUCCGACGAGCUUGUUAUCUGUACUCGGCCCACUGUUGUUUCUUCUGUAUAUGAAUGAUUUCAAUAAUAGUUCAAAGGUUUUCGAUUUUCAUCUUUUUGCUGACGAUUCUAAUCUGUUUUGUACAAACAAGAGUGUUUUGGACAUGGAACAAGUUAUUAAUGAUAAUAUUGUAAAUAUUAAUUCCUGGCUUAACUGUAAUAAACUUUCCCUUAACAUUGAUAAGACAAAUUUUGUUAUUUUUCAUCCACCUCAAAAGAAAAUUACAUCCACAAUAAAAAUAUUUACUAAUCAAGUACAAAUUAAACAAGAAACUAGUCUCAAGUAUUUAGGAAUCUAUAUAGACUGUAAUCUUAAUUGGAAAAGUCAUAUUCAACAUAUUUCGAAAAAAAUCAAGAGAAGUAUUGGAAUGUUGUGUAAAAUUCGCCAUUUUGUUACCUCACAUGUAAUUACAAUUUUAUUAUUCCUUAAUUUACCCAUAUUUGACAUAUGGAAUAACGUUGUGGGGAAACACCUAUAUUUCAAAUCUUAAUCCAAUAAUAACCUUACAAAAAAGAGUAGUCCGAAUUAUUACCUUUUCUAAAUUUGACGAUCAUUCUAGUCCUUUAUUUAAAAAUCUUAAUAUUUUGAAGCUCGUGAUCUUGUUUUUCUAAACAACGCUUUAUUCAUGUAUGAUUAUCAUAACGGGAAUCUUCCUGCCACAUUUAAUAACAUAUUCAAACAGGUCACAUCAGUACAUAAUUAUAAUACCAGAUUGGCUUCUAGAAAUACAUAUUAUAUUGAUAAAAUAAGAACUAACUAUGGCAAAUUCAGUCUUCGAUUUCAGGGUCCUAAAGUAUGGAAUGAUAUUGAUGAUAAAUAUAAAACUCUUAGCAAAUCAUCUUUUAAGAAUAAAAUUGCGGAAAAUAUGAUUUUCAUUUACUAGCGCUGCCACAAGUAUUCAUAUGAAUAUAUACUUUUAUAAUUAUACAAAAUGAUAUAAAACUCAUUAUUUCAUUUAUUUUAUAAAAGGUCACUAGACUGGUUUAGUCUUCACUAUUUCUGGUGACCUGUGCCAUAAUAUUUAUAUUUAAAAAAAAAUCAUAUAAUGUUAUUUUACUUGGUGGUGCAAAAAUAAAUUGUUGUUGUUGUUGUUGUUAUAGAUAGAGCGUAAUAUAGAUUUUCGUUUUACCUCAAAAACCACAACAGUCUGUUUCAUCCGUAUAGGAAUCACCACCUGAUGAUUCCUAUACGGAUGAAACAGACUGUUGUGGUUUUUGAGGUAAAACGAAAAACUAUAUAUAUAUAUAUAUAUAUAUAUAUAUAUAUAUAUAUAUAUAUAUAUAUAUAUAUAUAUAUAUAUAUAUAUAUACAGGGUGUAUCAAAAAAAGUAAGACAAUUUUGAAAUUGCUCUCAAUUCCACAAUUCUGUUCAUGAAAUGUAAUUUUUGCUAUAUAUGGAUUGUUCGAGUUUUUAAAUUGUGGAAAAUAUAAAAAACUUUGAAAAUAAUAAAUUUUGCUAUCCAGGGGGGUGGCCAACUUUUGCUCCCCUAAAAGUGGCUUGCGCACGGAAAUGACAAACGGUAUUCUUUAUUUGAGUUCAUGUAUGAAAUGUUCGCUAUUUGUUGCAUUUAUGAUAAAAUUUCGGCAGGAUUUUACCGAGUACAAAUCCACCGAAAAGCCUAUGAAAACGUUACAUUUUUCUCCGUUGGUGCUGUUCUUGCUGCAUUAUGAAUUCAUUUUUACUCCCAUGAGAGUUCCAUGGAAUUUCCAUGGAAUUUGUGCUUUCGAGUUUGUGCUGAAACGCAUUUUCUUGUAUAAUACCCCGUACACUUUGACAUGGCGAUGUUACAAUUUACCCCGCAGCAGAGAGCUUUUAUGGUAUCAGAGUUUCUCCGUAGCAACAACAUAAACUUGGUUCGCCAAAGUUUCAAGAAUAUCCAGAUGUACGAUGCCGUUCACGUGCGAAUACGUGAAGGGCAUCGUACACAAGUCUGGAUAUUCGUUCGUGAAACUUUGGCGAACCAAGUUUAUGUUGUUGCUACAGAGGAACUCUGAUACCAUGCAUAAAAGCUCUCUGCUGCGGGGUAAAUUGUGGCAUCGCCAUUUCAAAGUGUACGGGGUAUUAUACGAGAGAAUGCGUUUCAGCACAAACAACUCGAAAGCACAAAUUCCAUGGAAAUUCAACGGAACUCUCAUGGGAGUAAAAAUGAAUUCAUAAUGAAGCAAGAACAGCACCAACAGAGAAAAAUGUAACGUUUUCAUAGGCUUUUCGGAGGAUUUGUACUCGGUAAAAUCCUGCCGAAAUUUUAUCAUAAAUGCAACAAAUAGCGAACUUUUCAUACAUGAACUCAAAUAAAGAAUACCGUUUGUCAUUUCCGUGCGCAAGCCACUUUUAGGGGAGCAAAAGUUGACCACCCCCCUGGAUAGCAAAAUUUACUAUUUUCAAAUUUUUUUAUAUUUUCCACAAUUUAAGAACUCAAGCAAUCCAUAUAUAGCAAAAAUUACAUUUCAUGAACAGAAUUGUGGAAUUGAGAGCAAUUUCAAAAUUGUCUUACUUUUUUUGAUACACCCUGUAUAUAUAUAUAUAUAUAUAUAUAUAUAUAUAUAUAUAUAUAUAUAUAUAUAUAUAUAUAUAUAUAUAUAUAUAUAUAUAUAUAUAUAUAUAUAUAUAUAUAUAUAUAUAUAUAUAUAUAUAUAUAUAUAUAUAUAUAUUAAUGUUCUAGAGUGUGUAUUAUAUAAUUUCCAUACCCAGCGCAAGCAGAACGAUGUUGUCUGCCGCGGCUGGGUCUUGAACCCGCGACCUUCGAAUUACUAGAUCGACGCUCUACCAACUGAGCUACACGGUCAGACGGAUUUAAGACUGGAAAUUAUGAAAUAUAACAUAUAACAUAUUACGGAGUAUUAUACACUGCAUGGUCAGUAAUAAAUAUAUAUAAUUUCUUUAUCGUUAAAAUUAGGUCAAAUCGCCGUUAAAAAUGGAAUUGAGUUUUAUUGAUGCUUACUUUUGUUUUUUAAAAUAAGCUAGUUUGUUUUAGUUAUGUUUUAGUUCUUUUUGUUUUUGUUUUUGUUAUGUUUUAGUUUAGUGUCUUAGUGUCGAAGAGUCGAAGACAAAUAUGAUUUUAAUGUAAAUUUAAUCGGUGUCUUCGGGCGUAAAAAAAAAUACCUGUGGUUCCCGGUUUUAUAUCGUGAAAAAAUUAGGGUCGGUAGGUCGGAAAUAAUUUUUUUUUUAAUAUUUUCAUAGUUUUGGUGGCGGUUUUUUGCUGGGCGAUUUGCAGUAGAGUCCCGACAUCAAUAUAUUAACUAGAGUUGCGUAUUUCCUAUGGACGAAUUUAGGCAAUUUGGUUCAAUAAUUAGUGUGACAACAGACUCCAUUUUGGCACGCUGUAUGAGCAGCCCGCAACCACCUGGAGAAAAUAAGGUCGCACGGUCAAUCGCGUUGAAAAAAUAAUAGGGUCGGCAGAAAAAAAGGGUCGGUCGGAAACCGGAACCACAGGCAUUUUUUUUACGCCUCGCAAUUUGGUAAGUAUAGUAAAUUAACAUUUAUGAAUUAUGUGGUAAAAUUCCAUACCAUACCUGCUUUGUGUUGUCGAUUUCAUUCCCAUCUACGGGAAUAUUUUAGUUAUCCUUAACUCAAUGAUAUGUUUUUAUGCGAGCUGAUAAUUACAUGAAAUUGCAGCUAGUGAUCAAUCUUGUUCAUUUGGGAAAAUUCAUCGAUUGUGUUUUUAUGUGUGUUUAUAAUGGCUACAGCAAAUGCAUUUCAGCAAAUGUAGAUUGAGCAAAACUAAUUCAAGUAAAAGCUUGUGCCUAAAGCAAUUAUAUUUUACCGUAUAUUUUCGAGAAAUUUAUUUGUUUGGCAAAACUGGAGUUUUUUUAUGUGUGUCACGGCAAAGUUUCCAAACGUUUUACCGUCUUAUUUUACAUUCGAUACUUUCUAGAUUUUGAAAAUCAAUAUUAUGUGAUUUUCAAAAUACAAGAAGAGAUGAAAAUUAAUAUCCCUUCUUUAUAUUUUUCGAUUUUGUGUAAAUUUUGUCUCUCAAAAAUAUUUUCAUGUUACCAUGGCAACCACGAUUCUUCAUGUUGAAGAAGCAAUGUUUGAAGUUAUAGUUCUUCUGUUAGGUGAAGGCGAGGGGUUUUAGCCUCCCUCUACAACUCAGAUAUCAUAAAAGAUUCUGCUUAAAAUUUCUAAAGCAUGUCUCUUCACUUUUUACAGAAUGGGUAUUUUUUUAAUUUUAUGCCUAAUUCUAGAGCUACCUGUAGCGAAGUUUUAUGAGAAUUAAGCCUUAAUAGGAACGAGCAACUCGUGAUUUCUGAUUGGCUAUAAACAUCCGUGCAACACUGAAAGUAUCAUAUCAACUCAAUGCAUGCAUGGCUGACCAAAUAUGUGGUGAUUACACCUCACAUGCAAUCGACCAAUCACUAGUCGCACUAGUCGUACCUAUCGGAUAGUAACUCAUCACCGCUUUCCCCCUUGUUUAUCGCACCUUUUGAUAUGCUUUGUAAAUUUAAACACAAAACAAACGGAUUUUGAAUAUUAAGAGCGUUUAUUCUAUGCCUAUAUAGUUUUGUUUAAAAUUAUAUAAAAGCACGGAAAACAGUCCUGAGGUCACUGACACUGGUCAGUAAUAUAUAAUUUCUUUAUCGUUAAAAUUAGGUCAAAUCGCCGUUAAAACAUACAAAAUGGAAUUGAGUUUUAUCGAGGCUUACUUUUGUUUUUUAAAACAAGCUAGUUUGUUUUAGUUAUGUAUUAGUUUGUUUUGGCAGCCGAGGUGUCAUACAUGUUGUCACCGUUUUAUUGCCGCAUUGCUGCAUUAUUUUCGCUUACAAAGACUUGUUAUAAUUAAUAUAAUUAUAAAUCAUCUAUUGGAUUCAUCUUCACCCAUGCAAUAUUGCAAAUUAUUAGAAUAUAUAAUAUUUUGCAGUGUUGGACUCGGAAGAACCCAAUAAGUAUAGUAGUGACGUCAAUAGUGUGAACUUUUGGUUGCGAAAUGGAGAAUUAUCGCACGAUGACGUAAUGCUAUUGUUACAAUAAACUAAAUAGCGUCCCCUUCGGUCGUUCGCAGCAGACUUUGGCGAAGAAGAAUUUUAAAGAACAGCCAAAAGUGCGAUGAUAUUAUUACACAUUACGUAUACAAUAUCUAUUUUGAUUGGUUGCUGGUCUACAAAGAGAUAAUACUAAACAUAAUUAUUGAAUCGUAAAAAGAAAGGUCUUGGUUGUGCUAUCUCGGCCUUGAUAAUUCUCGAUAUCACGUUCAACUUCAUCCAACAAUUAUUAAAUAUAUAUUCGCAGCAAGACGGUGCAGUGAGUAAUAUCCUGUCAUGGAGAAAUUAAUUAUCUUUUUUGUAGGAUGACAUUUGACGGUCGACCAAAUACACCCAUUGCCCCGCGAUAUUCGCGUUGUUCUACACCCACGUUCACUGACGCUGACAAGGAAAAGGUCAAAGAGCUGAAGGCUUGGGCUGUAUCGGUAGGAAUAGUUGAGCCAAGUAUAUACGUUACCCUUGCUGACGUAACUGGUAAUUUAUACUUUGAUUUGCUCUGUCAAGUUGUUCAUGUCGAUAGUGAGCAGAAUGUGUUGCACGUUUGGGACGGAACUGAACCUUCUUUUGAAGGUUUGUUAUUUAUUUUCAUUUAAUAUGCAUGUAUUUAAUUACUUAUUUAUUUAUCGAUUUAAUACAUUUAUUAAUUGUGGGUUUUGUAACUAAAAUUUGAUAUUACAAAGUCUGUUUUUCAUGCUUAGCACUUACGUACUAAAGUUUUGACCUGACCAUGCAUUGAGGAAUAUGCGCAGUUAAAAAGUCUUGUAGCAGAAUAGUUGACGAUCUCUUCCCAGAUUAUUUCGUGUAAUUGGUUCUCCUUUGUAAUGGGAUUAUAGGAACGAUUUUGGACAAGAAUUAGGGGUGGAAUACAUUCCUACAUAACAAAAAAUCAUCCCCCCCCCCACAUGCACAGCUUCCAACCCCCCUCCCCGAUUGUAUAUUGUAUAAGGAAAUUUUUCAGACGAACUAACUAAUAUACUUGUGACUAUAUAUGCAGGAUUAUUGAGCAAUGCAUUUGAAAUGUUCACCAGUGCAACGAAAUGGGGCGGCAAAGUCGUGGGAAAAUGUGUAAAAGUUAGGAUAUAUGGCUGCGAUCUGGAGUCGACUUGUAAGGCUGGACAGUACAUAUUGAUUCCAAGUUUACAUUUCAUGUUAAAAGAUGUAUCAGACAAUGAAUGUGGAGGUGUUUCUCAGGUAUCUAGUAAAUUAUUCAGGAUUUAUUAGCGCGCUACUAAGACUUGAUAUUUGAAAAAGUGAAAAUUGUGUUUAUUCUACAACUUAUGUACGAGUGAAAUCCAACCGCGAUCAGCCCACCCCCCCGCCGGCCAACCCCCGGGCAUUUGACUUAAGAUUACCUCCGUAUUGGCGGGAAUUUGACGGCCCGGUCGGGCAUUUGACCACUUGACAACAACUUGCUCAGCGGUCGUCCCUAAAAAUAUGUGUACACUCUAGCGCUUCAGGAGUUUUCUAUUUUACGUCUUUUCGAUAGUUUAAAAAUUGCUUCUGAAUCACAAAUAUCAAUCAUAGAUAUAUGAUACAAUAUGCCCGGUUGAACAAAAAGAAGAACUGACUGGCCUAUUUUUCGUUCUCAUUUUAAUCUUGAAAUACUUGUUCAAUUUAAUUUUAGCCAAAAUUCCAUAACCAGGACUACCCCUAUAGCAAGGCAUUUGACUGUGGUUUCUGCCUGUUCGGGCGGGCAUUUGUGAUUUGACCACUUAUUUUUUCAAAAGUCAAAUUCCCCAGGGGUUGCCCGGGGGGAUCUGAUCGCGGUUGGAUUUGACUCGUAUAUUACUAAGUACCGCCGCACACAACAUCUUUAGGAUGUAUUAUCAUGUAUAUAUUUAAUGUUUUGAUAACUGUUCCUUUUAACGCUUUUAUAAUAUUAAUCGUUAAUUUCUGGGUAUUCAAAGAACUAGGACAAACGAGUACUCUUUAGGAAGCGCGUGGGAGAUCUUGUAAACUGCCAUGGAGGACAAAUUAAGAUACCUAAUACUUGGUCACCAUGCAAUUCAGCCUUGUUUAUGUGAAGAAAUUUCAGCCGGGCUGACUGGACGCCCUGUUUGGUUUGACACUUUGACUCAAUCGAGCUAGAUACGAGCUAAACGGGCGCCACCGCACGGUUUGCAUGCAUGCAUGUAAAGUAAAAUUAUUUUGUAAAAGGAAAUUAGUAUGUAGUAUAGGGCGCCCCGUUUAACCAGUCCAAAAUAAAAAGACAGUUUCUUAAUGUUGGCAUAUAUUCUCAAUUCCUUGUGUCAAAAGUAGCUAAUUUAAUUUGACAGUCAUAAAGUAUGGACAUGAUUCUAAAUUUUGGCAAACUAUAGGCGGACUUUGACGAUGUAUAUUAGGCCUCAUAGCCAUGAAACGGUAUACCUGUAAUACAGAAAUCCCUGAGAACAGAAUCUAGUUCCUUCGAUAUCAAUGUAAUUAAUUACAUUAAUUACAUUGAUAUCGAAGGAACUAGAUUCUGUUCCGAAAUAUCACAUACUCGAACCGACCAGACCGCGUAGCUCAGUUGGUAGAGCAUUGGGCUAGCAUUCCAAAGGUCGUAGGUUCGAUUCCCACCGUGGUCAGGCAUAUUUUUCAAGCUUGCCCGCUGUGGAUAUACACUCAGAGUAACAUCACAAGCAUCAUAUUCACCUGAGUACAUUACACCAACACAGAAAAAAUCAAUGUAAUAUUGGCCCUGAUAAUUACCAAUAUAUACACCUUUCACUGGCAUCGCCUUGGUGUAUGUGCAUGAGCUUGCGGUUGGGGCUUAGUGGCAGCUGGCCUCUGUGACUCAGUUGAUUAGAGCGCUGCACCGGAAUCGCGGCGCCACAGGUUCAAUUCCUGCUAAAGGAAUAAAGGGCAUAUAUAUAGUUGCAUUUUUCGCAACUGCUCCUCAUGGCCUAGUAAUAAAUUUCCAUCCAUUCUUUCCAUUAAUGUAGAUGCCCGGGGUCUUGAUUUUAAUAAUAAUAUACUAUAUUAUAAUAACAUUAAUAAAAAAUAUCAUAUUAGAUUGAUAUAAAUCAAUAAUAUUGUCUAUGUAAAUCCCAUAGCAUUGUAGCUAUAGCUUGGCCUGGAAUUUCGUUCAGAGUUCGUUGAAGUUUAAUAAAUGCAAUUUUCUUGUCAUAUUCCCUGAAUUCUAGAUCCCAAAUCUUACGCUUCACGAACGAAUGUUAUCUAAAGGUGGAAUAAAGAUAUUGGAUGAUGCUGAUAGUUACGUCAAAGUGCUUGAACAACGAAUGGAGGUGUUGCCUACACCACCAACACGUGAGCCUCAAGAUUCACACGAAAUACAAGUGACCAGCGAACAGCUUCCUCCUGAUAUAGAGAAUGAUUUGUCCAAGCUAAAGGUAAAACAUGUUGUCUUGAGGAUGUUGGAGCAAGUUUCUAGUUAAUAUAAUCGAAUGUAUUUCGACACGAAAGCACAGUAUGCUCGAAAUAUGAUCAUCCCUUCACCCGAUAUAACUCGAGCAGUUAAACUUCCAGUUAUGAGCAUUUGCUACACUAUAUAGCCCCUCUCCUUCGUAUAAACCCGGCAUAUAUAUAGAGACAAGGAUAACAUGGCUAUUCCGCAUGCACCCUCCCCUGUUCAGAAUAUAACCGUCUCUGUCAGUAAAUAAGACAAAGAAGGUUAUUUGGUCAAGAGUCUUCGUAAAUAAUGAAACCGUUCUUAAAGUUUUUGUCUUGUAGGAUGUGGCUUGGUAAACGUGCGGAUGUAGUACACCUAAGCAAGGCUGGAAAAAGUAUCGGACCACGGGACCACUGGUCCCAGAAAAUUUUUUUGAGUUCCCAGAAAAUAUUUCCCCAAGAAAGAAAGAAAGAAAGAAAGAAAGAAAGAAAGAAAGAAAGAAAGAAAGAAAGAAAGAAAGAAAGAAAGAAAGAAAGAAAGAAAGAAAGAAAGAAAGAAAGAAAGAAAGAAAGAAAGAAAGAAAGAGAAGAUAAUUGUAAAAAUUUAAUAGAUAAAAGUUCUUACUAAUAGAAAGAAUGUUACCAGUAUUGUGGGUAUGACAUCCAUCCAUCAUAAUAGUGCGAUAGUGUGCAAAUGUAUAGACUAUAGAAUAAUGUAACAAAUGUUGUAUGACAAAUGCAUUUUUAGCCAAUCUGGGACACCUAAUUUUCAAAAUUUUCUGGGGGAGCACGGAUCCCUCUGGUAGUAGUGCUCCCUAGUAGUACCUCAUUUAGUAUCUCUAUUUAGGAUCAGAUCCUUGAUGCAUGUCAUCUAAAUUAGUUUUAUGUUAUAUUCCUACAAGUAUUAUUAAGAUUCUCAGUGCAAUGAAAUUAAUUUUUGUUCCUGCUAAAAUAUAGCAUGACAUGAAUUCAGUUUGACAACAUCACACAGUUACAGUGUCCGAGUGUCGAUUUACUUGAUUGUUUGCAGAAAAUUUUCAAUGUUUUCUUGCGGUCCCAGAAAGUAAAAGAUUUUUUUCCACCUGUAUAAGACAGAUAGCCUCCACUCCGGAAACCAGUUUUUAUUCGCCUUGUAUCAAUUGCUUUUGGUUCAGAAAAUAGAUUUUUAAAUACUCCACGUCGAAACAGUAGAGGCGUACCUCUUGCCAGGCUGCAUUGUAGCGUUCAAAUUUAUUUACAACUGACUAUAGAUGAAAAUGUCGAAGCCUCAAUCAGACUGAUUUUUUAUCGGUAAACUUAGGAGAGCAAGAAUAUAGCGAUACACCUUAUAUCCAAUAAGCAUGACUCCAUGAGCCUGUUUUGAUAAUUGCAAGAGGCUAGGUUUCUCAACUUAUUUAUAAAAAGCGUUUACAUUUAGAUAACGCGGUCGCCUAAACGAAGAAGAAUAAAUGAGGAUGCAACGAAGACAACUGAAAUACCCAUUUGUGACGCAAAAGCUGCACCUGCAAUUCAAGCAACUGAAAAUACUGCUGCCAAUAAGGCUAGAGUACAACCUUCGAAUCAGGAAACCACAAUCAGAGCCGCUAGUAUUACUACUACCAACCAGGUUUUACGUACCAAACAGGCAACAAAAGCACGUGUUGAUGACUCUUGUACUUCAAUCCGGACAAUCAUAAAACCAAGGGCCGAUGAGGUUAGAAAACCUCCUGCAGAUAUGUCACAGGCCAUCGUAAUAUCUACUAUGAAACAGGCCAUCGUAAUAUCUACUGCCAACGACGCUGGAGAACCACCUGCCGAUGUUUCGUGUGGUGGAAAUACCAAUCGGGCAACCAAACCACGUGUACACGAUUCUUAUACAACAUCCUCGAAUCAGUUCAUCGUAAAACCAACGGCGGAUGAGGUUAGAAUAUCUCCUGCUGAUAUUUCACGUGAUGUGCAUGCCAGCCAAGCAAUCAAACCACCUGCAGACGAGUCUUUUUCUGAUGAGGUCAUCGUAAAAUGUACUGCUACUGGAGAAUCACCUGCCGACAGUUCACGAGAGGUACAUACCAAACAGGCAACCAAACACAGUGUAGACGAGUCUUGUAAAACUGCUUCAAAUCAGGCUAUUGUAAACCCGAUUACCGAUUCUCGGAUUUCUUUACACACGAUUCGAGAUAUAAGGAAUGGAACGGUUCCAGCCAAAUUUCGUUGCUGGGCGGCCGUACGUUAUGCUAUGCCAAAUAUGCCUAAACGAUUUGUAAAAUAUGUCUGCAAAUCAUGCCGGCAACGGUACGAAUCGUGUGAUAUCAAGAACAGUGCUGAUAAGCCCGAUUUUAGUGCGACAAUGAAAUGCAUUAAUCCGAAUUGUAGUGCUACAUUAUCCCUUACUAUACAGUUUUCAGUCAUCUUGCAGGAUGACACAGGUUUAUUAGAUAUCGCAGUCUCAGACCAGGUCGCCAGAAAAUUUCUUUCACACGUAGAACCAGCUAAGUUACUGACAGAUGAAGAAACUCAAAGGAUUGUGGUAGGAUAUUUGAAAACUCUGAUAUUAAAACGUAACUAUAUUGAGUUUCAAAUCAAGAGUUUCAUCUACCCCGACGGCAAAACUGUUUAUUCUCUGGCGAACUGGAAUUUCCACCAUGAAAAUGAUGUCAAUUUAAGCCAAAAGUGACAGGAAAGCGAAGAAAGCCUCAGACGUUUUAUCAUUAGAAAAAUCACGCUCAUAAGUCUUGGAAAGAAUUGAAAAAGUUGUGUUCUAACUCAAUAUAGCAAUGCUGCCUUUACCAGCCUUUUUCUGUAAUUGGAAUUGAACUGAAAUGCUGUUCCGUUUAGUUCGUUUAUCUUUAUGAAAAGGAUACGAAUUAAGGUCCUAAUCAUAAGUAACAUUUAAAUAUAUUAAUAUAUGUAUAUUAAAUAUAUUAACUUUUCCGUGCGUGUACACGAACGGAUGAAAAACGCUGAAUAACUUUAAGAUUUUAUAGGUGCUGUUGUGUUGCAUUAAACCACAGUUAUUUUAAUAGAUGGUUUGGAGACUCGAUGAAAGUACAUACAAUAUAACUCAUUAACUAUGUAAUUGUCCAGCUUUAAUCCUUUAUGCAAGAAUUUGGUCCUAUCUCGUCACGUGUGUAUUGUAUUUUCGCUCAAAUAACCAAUAACAAGUUUGUGGUUGAGUUAUCCAUCCGUAACUUGAACAAAUGCUCAAUUUAAAGGUGAUCUACAGUCCGUAUGUAAACAAAGCCUUUGUUUACAUUUUUGUGUCGAAAAUAUUGAGCUUUAUUCGACAACUAUUUAUAUUUUCAAGCUUCUAGAGUAUAAUAAAUGAUCAAGAAACAACAAUUAGGCUUUUCAAGAACUCAAAACAUAGUUAAACUGUUUGUAUCAUAAAAAGUGGGCUCAUUUGUGCACAUGCGCAGAUCGGACUGUAGAUCACCUUUAAACAUUGCUAUUGGUUGUGCGGGAAAAAAUACAAUACACACGUGACGAGAUAGGCCCAAAUUCUUGCAUAAACCGAAACCAACAUAGUUAAUGAGUUAUAUUGUACUUUCAUCGAGUCUCCAAACCAUGUAUUCUAUUAACUGUGAUUAAACUAAGUAUAACGACUUCAUGUGAUGUUUUACAAGAUAUUUUACUAUUUGCAAGCUGUGAUUGUCUAAAAAUGUUAUACAUGCUCACGCAACUUCAGUAUAUUGGUGACGAGACAGUCGAGACUAUUGAAGCCUUGUGAGAACACUAACCCUGUAAAUCUUAAUUUCCUCCCAACGUAAGAGAAAAAGAUGUUCGGGGUAUUGUUAAUAAGGGCUUAUACUAGUCUUUCUUUUUUUUCUUCGUGCCGUCAAUUCUCAUUUUUCGACAACGGCUUUUCUCAGCUCUGCUUUUUAUUAAAAAUGG